GCGGGCUUCUGCUGCCUGGCGGCGGCGGACCUCGGAGACGUGUGCGGCAGCUGCUUCCCCGCGGCGGUGGCGCGGGCGGACAGCGAGUGCGGGCCAUCGGAGGGCCGCGUGCCGCGCCUGCGGCUGCAGCACCACCGGGUGACCGCGAGGGCGGCGGCGACGCCCCUGGCACCCGCGCCGCGAGGCCGGCAGGUCGACUCCACACAGUCAGCCCCCGCCGUGGUGGACGCGCCCGCCUCCGAGGACGGCAACAAAGCGGUCGACGCUGGCGGGGGCGCGGCCGCGCACGCGAAGGAGAUCGUCAUCCUGCUGACCGAGGCGCCCGUGGGGUUGAAGGAGGGCACAGAGGUCGCCAUCGAGCUCGGCAGCGCGCCGGGCAGCGGCGCCGCGCCGGAGCCGGCACGCUCGGAGAGCGGCUGGAUCUCCCCGUUCUUGGUCUGCGAAGGGAUCGGCGCAGCGUGCGCCCUGGUGCUGGCGGCCUUCUACCGCUCCGAGGCGCGGCGGAAGGCGGCGGCGCUCGAGGCCGUGAAAGCGUUCGGGAAGGAUCGCGCGGCGCCUCGUGCACGAUGGAGCGCGGGAAGUCUUCUCGCAACAAGAUGGGCGGCGGCAAAGGCUCCAGGCAGAGCGGCGCCUUCGCCUCGCCGGCCGCCGCGCGGGCGCCAGCGUCGCCGGCGCCGCAGUCCCCAGCGCAGUCCCAGAUGA